AGGAAAGAACUCCACCAGGAAAUACAAAUAAGAAGCUGCUGUCCACGGAAAGGAAUUUUCAGACAAAAUAUCAGAUAAACUCGCUGCCUUGUCUACUAAAAUGGAUGAAACACUUUUCCAGUUGAGGUUCACAUCAAAGCAGCUAGAAAAGCUGGCUAAGAAAGCAGAGAAGGACUCCAAAGCUGAACAGGCCAAAGUGAAGAAGGCACUGCAGCAGAAGAAUGUGGAAUGUGCUAGGGUAUAUGCAGAGAACGCCAUUCGUAAGAAAAAUGAGGGUUUGAACUGGCUGCGCAUGGCUUCUCGUGUUGAUGCAGUGGCUUCCAAAGUUCAGACCGCCGUCACAAUGAAGGGGGUAACUAAGAACAUGGCCCAAGUGACCAAGGCUCUGGACAAAGCGCUGAGCUCCAUGGACCUGCAGAAGGUUUCUGCUGUUAUGGACAAAUUUGAAAGCCAGGUCCAAAAUCUGGAUGUGCAUACCUCUGUGAUGGAGGACUCCAUGAGCUCAGCCACAACGCUGACUACACCCCAGGAGCAAGUGGAUGACCUCAUCAUGCAGAUUGCCGAAGAGAGUGGUCUGGAGGUGAUGGACCAGCUCAGCCAGCUUCCUGCUGGAGCUUCCUCACUGGGAGAGAGCUCUGUACGCAGCCAGGAGAAGGAGGAUCAGCUGUCCCGCAGGUUGGCUGCAUUGCGGAACUGAAGAUGUCACCAAGCAGGAUGACAAGCAGCAGGAGAGUUGCUUGGAAAUGAACUGUUUCCAUCACACUGUUUAUACUGAGAGUCUCAUUAUAUUGAUCCCAUCCUUGGGUCUAUUUAUACACACAUCACUCAGAGUGCUGCUGAAAUUACCACAUAAGAUCGUUAACCUCCUCUCUCUCUGCUCCUCCAUUUGUCCACACUUAUAUUUUAUCCCUACUUUCCUCACAUUUUUAUUCCUCCUCUCCCCUUGCACUCCCAGAUGAUAUCCAGAGGAUCUUUGGUGGCAGUUUUCCUAUUCUCCCAUCUCAUAGGAAAAGAAGUUUAAAAUAAAGAAAAUAUUUCAAAUUUAUUUUUUAAAAUGCUUUAUAUAAGUAUGGGAUGUGGUUGUUCCUCAAGGGCCAUAUCCCCUAUUUGUAUUUUAAGGUGAAUAUUUUUUUUCGUUUGUUUUGUUGAAAUCAAGUCACAGACAUGUAUAUUCUGGGGUCAGAGGAGUAGAUAUGUGAUAGACAAUGAAAUCUGCCUCCAGAUGAACAAAGCAGGAAUGCUGGGUGUUGGUCAUGUAAAUUAAGUGCUUUCACCCUGAGUGAUAUAGAAACCCACUGUAUCUGCAUAGUGCAACACUAAGAAAUGCGUCCUUUAGUUUGUGUAUCACCUCACAUUUUACCAUACACUUGCAUGGACAUGCUGUCCUAUCCAGUCUGAUCUCUUCAUUUGACUUGCUGGUCCCUCGGUCAGAUAUCACAUCAAUAUCUGUCCAAGGUUACACUGAGUACAGACUGUUGUUGAUCUCAAUGCUGUUUGCUCUUUUUUCAGAUUUUUAUUUUUUUUUAGUGCUACCUGUUUUCAUUUUAUUUUGUCAAUUUGCUGUCUGUGCCUGCUUUGAUUCUGCUUGUUGAUUUAUGCCUUACUGGGAUACAGGUGCUUGUCUAGACAGCGCUUCUUCAGUGCCUGAGUGGAGUAAUUAAAACUUUUUCUAGAGAUUAAAAGUUGUAGUGACAGGCAGAAGGAUGCUUGCUGGGGCAAUAAAGUAGUGGCGCAGUCUUGUCCCUAACUCAUAGUCUCAAGUUAAAGAAAGCAUAGUAACUAUCUGCACAGUGACUUCAUAAGCAUCAGUUUCUUUGAAGAUUCUUUAAAAUUGCUUUAUAUGGAAGGGUUAUGUAUGUUGAAAGUCACAUUUAUGUUGUCACUGCUUUUGUAUUAUAUGUUUAUAUUCGGAUAAGUCCCCCUUUUUCCAGAAUUAAACCGUUUUCCUGUGAAAUGUCCGUGUCUGCUUCUGAGUGGUGUGAAUGUGUUCAUCACUGUAGGCAUCUGGGUUUCUGGGCUGCACUUUAUCAGAAUCUUGCUUGAGUGUGUCUGGUGGCUGGAAAUAUGUCUAAAAAGUCUUGUGGCAUUAUGUUGUCAUGUACCCAUUAGCAUGGAAUGAUCUCCCUCACUUUUCCUUUUCUAUUUUUCCUAUUAGAGACAAAAUAAGGAA